CUCGCGUCGACUGUCGCCCCGCUGUCAACAGAGCGGAAACUAAGAUGGCGGCCUUGGCGACCGGGGAGUUGAUACCGAGCGAAAGGGCUCCAACGAGUUUCCAAAGGAAAGUGCCGGGCGGCGGAGGCGGCAGCCGCUUAGCCGUCCUACCGGGUACCCGGCCGUCGGUGCGGCACGGGCAGCUCCUGCUUUCCAGCGGGGUCCCUUCCCUGGACUGUGUUCUAGGUGGAGGUUUGGCAGUUGGAACCCUUCUUCUUAUUGAAGAAGAUAUAUAUGGUAUCUACUCCAAUCUAUUGUUCAAGCACUUCCUUGCAGAGGGGAUAAUUUCUGGACAUAAUUUAUUUAUAGCUUCAGCUAAUGAGGAGCCUGCUGACAUUUUAAAGGAGCUUCCAUCACCUUUCUUGAAUACUUCCGUCAGUGCAGUGGAAGAAGCAGCAGCAACUAUGAAAGGCAAGCAAGAUUCUCAGGAAUCCAUGAAAAUAGCUUGGCGAUACCAAAACAUUCCAAAAUUGGAGGUGACUCAAAUGACCACUUCAAAAUUUGGACACUACUUUGAUCUGUCAAAAUCUUUGGCUGCAGAACUGAUCCAGAAUGUGGAAUGGCAUGGUUUUUUCCUUCCUGAAGAAACAACUUUGUGUCCUGAUAUAAACUCUUGUAAUAUGGCCUUUGGUUAUACCAGACUGCUUCAUUCUAUUCAGAAGGUCAUUUACCAAAAAGGAUUUGACGGCUCCAUUCCUCAGAAAAAGGAAAGAAAUGUUUUGAGGAUUGGAAUUCAGAGUCUUGGUUCAGUACUAUGGGGUGAUGAUAUUUGUUGCAGUGAGAAUCCACAGAAUAUUCAUAGCCUCACAAGAUUUCUAUAUGCCCUCCGUAGCCUCCUCAGAACUUCUUUCUCUGCCGGCAUCAUAACCAUUCCAUCUCAUCUUAUCCAGAAUAAAGCAAUUAUGGAACGUGUUACUAACUUGUCAGAUAUGGUAGUUGGUCUUGAAUCAUUUAUUGGCUCUGUGAGAGAAACCAAUCCAUUAUACAAGGAUUACCAUGGUUUGAUUCACAUAAUGCCAGAUCUCCCUCGGCUUUAAUUUUGUGUAUGAACUCGGUAGCUCGUGUCAAACAAUUUUAAGGACCUUUGCUUUCUUUAGACUGGACAAGGAAGCUAUUCAUUAUUGAGCAAUUGCAUUUGCCUCCAGACUUGUCAGACACAGUGAGCCGCACAAGCAAACAAGAUCUGGCAGAAUCCACCAAAUUGCUGAGCUCAGGAUGUAGUGCUAUGGCCAUAGGCAAGAAGCACCUGGACUUCUAGUGAAUUCUACUUAGCAGUUUCACUCUGAUUUAUAUGGCACUCUAAUUAUGACUGUUAAUGACUUGUGUAAAUAUUUUUCUUAAUGAUUAUGACCCAGUAGUCCUUAAAAAUCUAACUUGUAAGUUAUGUGCCCUAUUUCCUUAUUUUGUUAUUUUUUGUUUGCAAAUAUACAUUUUUCUUCAGUAGACAAAUACAUGUAACAGCAAUGGCCAUUGUUAUUAUUAAAGUUCAAGUCAAUUGCAUUUUAAAUUCACAAUAUUAUUGUAUUGUUUUAUUGUAUGCAUUAUUGUAAUGCAAAUUGUAAACCAGUAUUGUAAAUAAAAUAAGUUCUCUAUCAUGGGGAUGUUUUGAUGUCAAACAACCAUUGUUUUAUAAGAAAAAAAUUUGUUGCCUUCAAAGAUCAUAGUUAAAUCAAAAUAUGACAGAUUAUAAAAUAUAUAGCCAAUUAAGUGAGUGUGCUAAAGUUUUUCCUCCAUAUGCUUCUAUGUCAGUAAUUAAUGUAAUGGGGAAAUAGUUUUCUUAUGGUAAAAGUACAUUACAGAUAAUUAGUGUGCCUUAUUGGCUAAUAAAUAUAUUAACAUGCUCUUGAGUAAAUUUAUUUUAAAAAGAAAAAUAAUUGCUUCUUUAAUGUAGUUCAAAACGGUAAUCCUGAACAACUGAAGUCAGCACUAUGAAAUUAUGUCAACAGACAUUAUUCAAGACUGAAAUUCAAACUGACAGCUACAUUAAUGCUAAAAAACCAGGAAAGUGCAUUGGAGCUUGGGGAACAGAUAUCACUGAAAUACGUAUACAUUGCAGCAGAAAAUAAAACUAAUUCAGUAUUUCAUACUAUUGUGUAUAUGCUAUUUGUAAAUGCAUGAAUAUUUCCCAUCUAGAUAAAAUACAUAAAUAUUUAUUGUCAUCAUGAUAUGCAUAUUUGUAUAGAACUAAUGUAAAAACUAGAUGGGAGGGCAGAUAUCACGAAAUACCUUUCAAUGAUUUUUAUGGAGUUUUAUAAGUUGUGCUUUGGGGGCAAUAAUAGCGUUAAUUUAAAAUAAAUGAUCUUCCAUAAAACUUUCCAUGAAAUUUAUUUUUGAAUUAAGCAUUCAGUCCUGGUCUUAAACUACAAUUUAGUACAGUUGAACUGAAAUAUACUCCCCCAAAAACCUCAAACAUUAACUGUAAUAAUGUUAAUGUAUUUUGAUGGGAUUUGAGCAAAAGUAUUGGUUAAAUGAUUUACUUUUUAUAAUGCUGUGAGUAAGAAGAAGACAUAGCUUUCUAAAACUGUCUAAUAUGAUGAAUGUCAAUCAUUUAAAAAAAUCCACUGUACCAUAAACACAUACUGUAUACAGCUUUUAUUCUGAAUUGGAAUAAUUGAAUCAAUGACAGUGAUUUGCCAGAAUGUCAAAUCUAUCCAUCAUAAUCUGUCACUACCAGUUUAUUUUUUUCUGAUCAAAAUCAAAAAGACUACUGUUUUGCCAUUCACUAUUUCAUUAGAGGUAACAAUUGAGUUUUUUCUUUCUCUUUUAAAGAUAGGUCUUUUUUUAAUUUCUAAAGACACAAAUCCUUUUUUAAAAUCUAUUCAAAAUAAAGUUUCAGAACUGAGCUGUCAGUUUCAUAAAGCUAAUAGACAUCUACAUUCUUAUACCCAUAUAUCAUUCCUGCUUUCAAGUCAUUUCUUUUACCUUGUAUAUUAUAUGGAACAGAAAUUCACAAGAGAAUUUGAAUGGGGAUUAGUGAAGAUAUUCAAUAGAUCAAGUAUAACAAAAUUAACACUUCACUUACUCAAUUAUGUUUUACCAAAAAACACAGGAAUCUUAUGUAGAAUGUAAAAUCUUUAACCAUGAUUACUAAAUUAGUUUUAAAUAUCAUCAACUAUCAAAUUAGUUGUCAGCAUCCUUAAGGUUUGAUCAAGCAGACUGUCUGCAAAUACCACUAAAAUACCUAUUUUCUAGUUUACUUAUGACUUACUACAUCACUGUGAGUGAAAACAUAUAAAUAUAUAUUUAUCAGAGCAACCAUUUCAAAUAGUAAAAUGGGGUUGGCAUAUAAACCCGAAGUUUAAAAAAAGAAAAAGAAGAGAUCCUUCAGUGAAAUGUAUGUUAAAUGCUUUUCUGUUACACAAAGCAUGCUAUGUGAAAUUAAUGUUGCAUCAUACAAAUAUACAGGAAAGAAAAAGAACAAAAUGCUAUUCUUCCAAAAAUAUGUUAUAACUAGUAAAAAUCUGGGUUAUCUAGAGAAGCUGGAGAAAAAUUACUACACCCUGUGAAAGUAUGGUAAACAUUCCAUAAAAUGCUUUAAGUAAUCAGCUUAUGUUUCUUCAUGCAAAAUAAAAAAUAAAACUUUCA